GUGGCCAGUACGGCAGCACGUGCAACCUGGACCUCAGACGUGGUGGCACCCAGUUCACCCCUGGCGACCUUGAGCUCAGCAGUCUUGAUGGUGAAUGCCUGCUCCAGCUCAGCCACCGCUGCCGUAAGGGUCUCAACCUCACGCGUCCUCUGCUGUUGUCGGUCCAGAGCCCUGCGUAA